CCUUUGUCUGCUGCAGGCUCCUCCUGUGUGUCUGCUCCUUACCAUGCGAUGCUAGGCUGGUCCUGCAUGUUGUCGGGGUUGCCCUUCUGGGGCUGUAUGGAUGUCACCGGCCGACCGCCGAUAUGGGCCACGUCCUGUCCUUCACACACUGCAAGGACGCUCCAUCAACUGCCUCCAGCACCCCGGACUCCUGCCCACCUGAUGGUGACGUGGAAGAGGCGGCGGUGACCCCGGCUGAUCCAUGGCCCUUACCUUCAUCUCCGGAGCCAACAUUUUCUUACAUUACCAUUGGAGGCUCAGUCCCAUUACCCCAUCCCACAGUUAAGGCCCGGAGGGGAAGGAGUCUUGGCCACGAACACUUACCAAGGAAAAAAGAGACCAAGGAGGAGACAGUGACCUAUGUUCUUCUGGAGAAAGCAUCGCAGUUGGCACAAGCCCUUCCCCCGAGGAACUGCAAAGAACAGACAUUAGUGGAGAAACCCCAGCCAACACUAUCAGAGAUGACAGUGGGCCGCACAGAGUCCCUGCACCUGUCACCCCAGAGCAGCUUCCAGGAGGACGACAUGAAGAAAGCGGUGGCAGACCUCCUGUACUGGAGAAACAUCUCUCUCUCUGCUGUCUGUCUCACCGGCCUCACCCUGUGCCUGCUGUGUCUCAUCCAGUUCAGUGUGAUCAGCGUCGUCUCUUACGCUUCUCUCCUCAUCCUCAGCGCGGCGCUCACAAUGCAGCUUUACUGGAAGGUGCUAAAGAAAGGGGACGGAGCAAACCCCUUCGAGAGGUAUCUGGACAUGGAUCCCGUCCCUCAGCAGCAGGCAGAGGUGAUCGCCGCUCGUCUUGUGCUUCUCCUCUUUUCUGCGUUCUCCACUCUCCGCAGACUCUUCUUAGUGCAGGACACCAAAGAGUCACUGAAGUUCCUGCUCCUCCUCUACCUCCUUACUUAUGUUGGUGCUGUGGUUAAUGGACUCACCCUUCUGCUCCUCGGGGUGAUUGGGGUCUUCACGUUUCCAGUCAUGUACAGACACAACCAGGUGCUGGUCGAUCGCCACGUCUCCAUGGUCACCGGUCGGGUUGCAGCAUUUCGAACAAAAGUUCGAGCUCAGUUGAGAAAACAAGGAACUAAAAGGGACUGAGGACCGCGGACGCUGCACUGGCCCCUCCCCCUCCAAUAACAUACAAUGGUGGCCCCUCCCCCUCUGAUAAAAUGUCACGAUGGCUCCUCCCCCUCCGUUAACAUGCCACUGUGGCCCCUCCUUCUCAGGUAACAUGCCACGGCGGUCCCUCCCCCUCCAGUUACAUGGUGCAGCGCCAUCAACCAUAGUAUUCCAGAUCCAAAGUGACUCCCUGUGGAGGCCCCUGAAGACUCCCAGUGGAGGCCCCUGAAGACUCCCAGUGGAGGCCCCUGAAGACUCCCAGUGGAGGCCCCUGAAGACUCCCAUCAUUGUUACCGCAGGAUCAAGUCACACAACGAUGAGUGGAAAAUUCUGCAACUCUGUGCACAAUAAAUUGUUGUUUUUUUAUUUUAA